AUGGACUGGUUUUCUCGGCCUGUGCUCCUAACUUGGCUUCUUCUUCAGGUGGUCUGGAGUCAGCCUGCUCUGGAGACAACUGAAAUAGAUGUAGAUGGAGGAAUUGAUCAAGACAUCUUUGACAUCAAUGAAGCUUUAGGACUAGACCUUUUUGAGGGAGACAUCAAACUUGACGGGAUGCAGGAACGGAACUCCAUCAUUGGUGAUAACUAUCGGUGGCCCCAAGUUAUUCCCUACGUUCUUGAAGAUAGCCUGGAAAUGAAUGCUAAGGGACUCAUCCUCAAGGCAUUUGAACAGUAUCGACUGAAAACCUGUAUUGACUUCAAACCUUGGGAAGGGGAGAAGAAUUACAUAUCUGUCUUCAAAGGAAGUGGCUGCUGGUCCUCAGUGGGAAACCGCCAAGUGGGGUUGCAGCAGCUCUCCAUUGGAACCAACUGCGACAGGAUCGGGACUAUCCAGCACGAGUUCCUGCAUGCCCUGGGAUUCUGGCAUGAGCAGUCACGGUCUGACCGGGAUGACUACGUGACCAUCGUCUGGGACAGGAUUCAGUCUGGUAAAGACCAUAAUUUCCAAAAAUAUGAUGAUAAAACAUCAGACUCCCUGAAUGUUCCCUAUGACUAUACUUCUGUGAUGCACUAUAGCCAAAAUGCAUUCAGGAAAGGAACUGAACCCACCAUCGUCACUAACAUACCAGACUUCACGGAUGUAAUAGGACAGCGAAUGGAUUUCAGUGAUUAUGAUCUCCAGAAGCUGAACCGGCUGUACAAUUGCUCCUCCUCCCUAAGUUUCAUGGAUACGUGCAGUUUUGAGCUUGAAAAUAUUUGUGGCAUGAUUCAAAGUUCAGAUGAUAACAGCGAUUGGCAGCGUUUGUCUCAGGUUCCUGCUGGGCCAAAUACUGAUCACACUAAUAUGGGAGAAUGCAAAGAUUCUGGCUACUUCAUGCAUUUUAACACCAGCGCUGGAGCACAGGGAAGCACAGCUAUCCUGGAGAGCCGAAUUCUGUAUCCCAAAAGGGGCUUUCAAUGCUUACAAUUCUAUUUCUAUAACAGCGGUCAUGAAAGCGACCAUUUGUAUGUUUUGGUCAGGGAGUAUACUUCAGCCCAUCCAAAUGGUACUUUGAGACUCAUUGAAGAGAUAAAAGGUUCACCUGCGACUUACUGGCAGCUCCAUCAUGUUUCUUUGAAUGUUACAAAUAAAUUCCGGGUUGUAUUUCAAGGCGUGAGAGGAAGUGGCUUAUCAAAUGGAGGCCUCUCUGUUGACGACAUCAAUUUGUCAGAAACUCAGUGUCCCCACCACAUCUGGCAUAUCAGAAAUUUCACACAUCUCCUCAACACAAGUCCAGCAGGGACAGCAGGAACAAUAUACAGUCCACCUUUUUACUCUAGUAAAGGAUAUGCUUUUCAGGUCAGCUUGAAUGUAAAUGGUACCACUAGUAACCCAUUUAAUUUAGCAAUAUACUUGCACUUGAUUUCUGGAGCAAACGAUGAUCACUUGCAAUGGCCCUGUGCAUGGCAACAAGGUACCAUGAUUCUGCUUGACCAGCAUCCUGAUAUUCGUCAACGGAUGUCAAACCAAAGAAGUAUAACAACUGACCCUCUGCAGUUAUCAGGUUCCUCAUCAAUUUAUUUUUGGGAUAGGCCAGAUAAAGUGGGAUCCAUAGCAACUUUCCCCAAUGGAACUACAUUCAUGAGAGGUCCAGGAAGUGGAACGAGUGCAUUCUUAACUCAUCAGAGACUUAGAAGCCGCAACUUUAUUAAAGAUGACAGCGUUUAUAUUCUUUUAACAAUGGAAGAUAUAUCACAUCUACUAUCAACUGAGCCAAGUGUUUCACCCACCUCUGUUAUGAAUACGUCCAGUGCCAGCACAACACCCACAACAGCCUCUGUCACCCUGACUGAAAAGCCAGAGGUUCCUGAUUUCUGCCCAGACAACCCUUGUGAAAAUGGUGGUGUCUGCGUUAUUGUAGAUAGGGAACCUGUGUGCAGAUGUCCAGCAGGUGACGACUGGUGGUAUAUGGGAGAAAAGUGUGAAAGGAAAGGCUCGACUCAAGAAAACAUUGUAAUAGCUGUUUCUUCAACCAUAGCUGUAUUUGUUGUAAUGCUUAUUGGGACUAUCACAACUGCAGUGUGCCUUAAAAAGAAAUAUAGCCAAAGAAAGGAAAAUAGUGACAACGUGACUCUAGAAGUUGCUUGGGAUAUGGGCUAUCAGAAAAGGCUUGUGGACUUAUGUAAAAAUGACUAUGGGAUGUUUAGGAGAAGGGCCAAAGGAUCCAAAGAAAAGGGGAAGGAUCACAGUGGAUCAGAGAGGAACCAGUGUGGGAAAAUUGUGCCAGCAACUGAGGAGACCAGCCUGCAAAGGAGAUCUGUGUGCCAAAGACCAGAGGAGACCACAGAUCUUAGGGCUUGCGGGUCUAGGGACCGGCAUGCAAGAGACUGUGCCAGUAACUGGAGGGACUGCGGGCUGUAUAGCUCACAGGUCUAA